GAGAAACUAGAAAGACGGAGAGAGACGUUUGUUUUUAUUUUCCUUUACACAUCUGAAAGAAAAACCUACAUGCCUCAGACAAUGGCUCUUGCCAGAAGUCUAAUGGCUGUGGAGAAUUUCCAAUGUUCCAUCUGUCUGGAUGUGUUCACUCAACCCGUGACUAUUCCUUGUGGGCACAACUUCUGUCUCAACUGUAUCACAGGCUACUGGGAUACUAAUAACACUGUCUAUGUGUGUCCACUAUGUAAAGAGGAAUAUAACACCAGACCAAUGCUUCGGGUUAACAUUAUCAUUGAAGAGAUGGCGGCGCAGAUCAAGAGGUCGGUUCAAGAGAAAUUUUCUGGUAACCCUGAACAACCAGGAAAUGGAAAUGUGCUCUGUGGUGUGUGUACAGGGGCAAAGAGCGCAGCCCUGAAAUCCUGCUUAGUGUGUGUCAUGUCUUACUGCGAAACACAUCUGGAGCCUCAUCAGAGAAUUUCAGCCUUGAAGAAACACAAGCUGAUCAAUCCAGUUGAGAAUCUGGAGAGCAGGAUUUGUGAGAACCAUAACAGGCCAUUAGAGCUGUUUUGCAGGGUGGAUGAAAUGUUUUUAUGCGAAAGCUGUAAAGAAAGUGACCAUAAAACCCAUAACAUAGUGACUCUAGAGGAGGAGGCUCAAAUCAGGAUGACCAAGCUGGAAAUAGAAAAGAAAGGCAGGGAUCAGAUGAUCCAGGCACGUCAGCAAAAAAUUGACGAGAUUCAACACUCAAUGGAGGCUAGCAAAAAUAAUGCAGAGAAGGCACUGUCUUGCAGCAUGCAUGUGAUGUCAGUUAUGGUGGAAUACAUUAAGAGAAGCCAAGCUGAGCUGACUGAGGUAAUUGAGACAAAGCAGAAAAAAACUGAAACAAAGGCAAAAGGCUUCAUUAAAGAACUGAAGGGAGAAAUUAGACAAAUAAAGGAGAAAAAUGAGCAGCUUAAUCAGGUCUCACUCACCAAUGAUCCCUUUCAAUUCCUUGAGAAUAUCUCACAUCUUACCAUCACUCCGCCCCAGGUUAAAGACUGGUCUGAUGUGAUGGUUGACAGUGAUCAGUUUACUGUGCAGGGAGCCAUGAUCACCCUGGAGGAGACAGUAACUAGAGAAAUAAAGAUGGUGUGUGAUCCCGAGUUGAAAGAACUAAAGAGGCACGCCGUGGAUGUGACUCUGGAUCCUGACACAGCAAACCCCUUUCUCAUCGUUUCUGAGGAUGGGAAACAAGUCACGCAUGGAGACAGGAGGAGGAAUCUCCCAAACAAACCAGGGAGGUUUGAUCAAGUCUAUAACAUUUUUGCAAAGGAGGGCUUCUCCUCAGGGAAAUUUUACUAUGAGACACAGGUUAAAGACAAGACUCAGUGGGAUUUGGGGGUUGCAAACCAGUCAAUCAACAGGAAGGGGGAUAUAAGACUGAGCCCCGAGAAUGGAUACUGGACUAUUUGGCUGAGAAAAGGAAAUGAGCUUACUGCCAAUGCAGGCCCUGCUGUUAAACUCCGUGUGAAGGAGACGCCACAAAAGGUUGGAGUAUUUGUUGAUUACGAAAAGGGUCAGGUUUCCUUCUAUGAUGUGGACAGCAGGGCUCACAUCUUCUCCUUCACCAGAUGUAACUUCACCGAGAAGCUUUUUCCAUUCUUCAGCCCCUGUGCGAAUGACGGCGGCAAAAAUUCAGCCCCCUUGAUCAUUACGCCUGUAAAAUACAACAGCUGAAACAACUGAUGGCUGAAAAGAAAGAGGGGGGGAGAGUUGUAGAGAGAUCAAAAUGUCAGAACGCUGAAAUGUUUUUAUCUGUGUUUCCAGUGUGUCAUUCUGUUUCUCCCAUCCAUCAGUGUCAAUCCUGUGUGUCACUGUGUAUCGCCUGUCACACAGACAGCUGUAGAUCUCCACCAGACUCUCUAUUCUGCCAUCAGGACGCUCACUACGCAUAUAGACAUAACUCUGGGGGACACUGAUACAGCCAUUCUUAAAUUACAAAAACAUAUCUUUAUGAGCUGGCUGUUAAUUUUGAUACUUUAAUGCUGCUUUUAUCUGCCAACAUGGCCAUACCAGUACCAGAGCUGGGUCAUUCACAAAUUAUUUAUAGUAUCUGUUUUGUUCUGCUAUGAGUGCCAUAUAUCAGGACUGUAUAUUUAUCACAUGAUGGAUGGGCUUGGUACUUGCAGCUGGUAAAAAUAACUAUUUUUGUAUUCACAAAAUACUUGUCUACCCACCUGACAGCACUACCCAAGGUGACCCCUAAUACUGAACCUGCAAUGGAAAAUAAAUCAGCACUCUGGUGUAAUGACAACAACAACAGCAUACAGAAUCGAAUACAAUAAAUUAAACAGCUCUGGAGAUUCAGAUUUUCUAAUGUGGCUCAGGAUAUGAAAUUAUGGUCUCUAUGACUUGUUUCCCUAAAAUAAAUGUUAUUUAGAUGAAAGGGUAGUUAUUGAAUGGAUCAGCCAAAAUACUGGAGUCUGACUGGCACAUAAUACCAUGUCCUCUAAUUAAAAUUAGGUAAACCUGCAAGGUGCAGGCUGUGGUUCAAAUGCAGCAAAUCUGCCUGAUUAGGGGACUUAAGCAACUGUUUAUUGAGCAAAGACAAUUAUAUUAUCUGUUCACUGGUGGAUACAUUUUAAUUCUCUGUUGUUGUUUCUUUUAGUUGUGUAUCUAUUUUGUCAUGUCUCUCAAAUGAUGUUGUAUGUUUUAAUCUUCUUUUUAAUUUUGACAUAAAGUAGCUGAGGAGGUUAGGAGAGUAACAAUAGGUCCCUCGGCUCAGCAAAGGAUGGAAAUUAAUGAACCUGCCGCAUUUAGGAGGGGAGGGGCAAGUUUUUGUCCCAGCUGAGAUGCAUCAAGGAAACUUGAACUCUGUAUGAACUUUGCACAGUUGCUGGGCAGAAAAGCUAAAUUUAAGACAUUGUUUUUUAUACAGUGAGUCCAGAGUCACAUAUAGAUCCAACAAGCAUUUUGUUAGUCCGGGGAUUUUUUAUUGAUUGUGUGCCUUUAACUUUUCUAUUACUUGACUUUUAGUCUUUUACUCCUUUUUAGAGGAAACACUGUUCAUGUUUGAUAAAUACUUUUAACUGCUGAUG